GUUGGUUGCUUGGCUGCCUUUUUGCACCAGCCCGGCCUCCUCCGGGGGCUCAAGCGGGGCAAAGGCGGCAGGAAAGAGGCCGGCUUCCCUCCGCAGGACCCGCCCGUGGGCGGCGCAGCUGCUCGGCGACCUGGAAGCGGCUCCGGGGAGAGGCACCGUCGACUUCCUGGGCAGCCCAGACUGCCAUGGCUCGGCCCCCAAGGUGGUAGCUGUGAGGAGUUGUUGCUUCUGCUGAAGAAGAUGCCGUCCAGGACGAAUUUGGCUGCUUCCAUCCCCAGCAGCAAAGUGAAAUAUUCUAAGCUCGCUUGCACGGAUGAAGGAUACAUUGACCUGCAGUUCAAGAAGAGCCCCCCAAAAGUUCCCUACAAGGCAAUCGCGCUGGCCACGGUGCUGUUCCUGAUUGGGACCCUCCUCAUCAUCAUUGGUGCGCUCCUCCUGGCGGGAUAUAUUAGCCAAGGGGGAACCGAUCGCGCCAUUCCUGUCUUGAUCAUCGGAAUCCUGGUUUUCCUUCCUGGCUUCUAUCACUUGCGAAUCGCCUACUUCGCUUCCAAAGGCUACCGGGGCUACUCCUACGACGACAUCCCGGAUUUCGAUGAUUAGAAGGCUGUGAAGAAGGCGGAGCUUUGGGCCGCCCGGAUCUCGGCCUGGCUCCGGCUCCAGAGAGAGAAGAUGCAAAAAAUAAGCUUACUCGGGCGAUGCUCUCUUUGGACAAUCAACCUAGCAGCUGUUAAUACCCAUUAAGGAUUUCUUUGGUUAGGACUUUCGAUUCUUGGUUUUCCUCUCUGGCCCCUCCGGGAAAAUAAAAUUAGCUGCGUCACACGGAGGAGGUCUUGCGAGACCAGCUUCUGGUUUGAGGUGGGAAGUUCUUUGACAGCUGUGCUCCCACCAAGCCUCAGGAGGAAAAGAAACUCAGGGUUUAAUAGGCACUUCUACUUUAUUAUUAUUAUUAUUUCACUUCUUCCUCUAGAACAGAACCUCUGCAAAGCUGAUAUCUGGAUCCAGGGGUGAAAGGUGGGGCCCUAAUUAAAUAUGUCUAGGCCAGGGGCCAACAUUAAGAAAGCUGACCUCUCGUUGUUGAAUUGUGACAUCUGAGGCAAGCCCAGCCUUCAAUGCAUCUCUGAGCUCCGUUUGCAGGGGAAUUAAGCAGGGUUACGGCUUGGCCCGUCCUAGAGAUGAGGCAGAAUAAUUUUAGCGUUCGAAACAUGUUGCAUUCCCCCACACCCCAAAAAAAUAUUCCAAUUUCCCCUUGGGCAGCAACCAACAAAUGUGAGCCAGGAGGGACUUCAUGUUUCAUCCUGGGCAGAUUUUUGUUACGUCAGGAAAAGUGUGUAGCUAGUCCUCUUGAAGCAAGCAAUAGAGGGGGGGGGGUGGGGGGGUUUCUCCAAUCCCAGCUUGAUCGCUUCAGGAUCUUGGUGAAGAGAGAUUUUGUGAUCAGAUUCUGUCCUCCUAUGUCUUCAGAUUUUUCAACCCAUGUCUGCGGAUCAGGAUCUUAGGAUCCCCAGAUCCCAUUCCAAGGAUGUUAGAAUUGGCUCCUCGGGAAAGUAAGCCAACAGUGAGGGGGCAUCCUCGGAUGGAAUUGGGCUGUGACCCAGCCCUCGGGGCCAGACAAGACUCCCUCGGAAAACAACAUGGAGCACAUUCCGGAGACAUCAAAAUGAAAUGAUGUGUAAAAAAAUAGGUCAAAUGCAGAGGCAGAAAAUCAAAUACUUUGGUUAAAAAGCAGCACCCCUUUCUCCACAGACAGAUACUCGUCUGUUUCGAAAGUCUGUGUGAAUCAGGGGUGGACAACCGUGGGCCCUUUAAGACCUGUGAACUUCCACUCUCAGGAACUCUGGGAGUUGAAGUCUACAGGUCCUAAAGCAGUGUUUCUCCAACCUUGGAAGCUUGAA